AGCCAUGGAGAUAACUCCAUCAAAUCUUGAGGCCAUGUCUGGUUACCUCCAGCAAACCUUGUCACCAGAUCAAGAUAUUCGAAGAAAUGGUAACAACACUCAUAAUUACUGUGUUUGCCUUUGAGGCCUUUGUUAAUGAUGUUUCUGGCUCAUUCAAAAAUUGAGAAAAAUUAGAAACACAUUGACUAUUAAAUAUAUAGUUUCACUAUGUAUCGCGACAAAAUUUUUUAAAAUACUGGAAUUUUAAACAGUUAAUUUUAUUUUUCCGCAGCUGAAAAGUUCUUGGAGUCUGUUGAGACUAAUAAAAACUAUCCAUUGCUACUAUUACACUUGAUGGACAAAGAUGGGGCAGAUGCACAUAUUAGAGUGUCAGCGGCUGUAACAUUUAAAAACUACAUUAAGAGGAAUUGGAGAGUGGUAAUAUAAACAUUUUAAAUAUAUUAAAACUAAAAAAGAUCAUAAUAGUAAGAAAUGAACACCAUAACUGGUUACUUAUUAUAGAUAUAAUUUAAUUUAAGGCUCUCCCCUCCGCGCCCCCCACCCCCUCUCUCUCUUUAAAGUGCAAUACUUAUUUUUAAGAAAUGAAAUUUGGUAUACCUCAUAUUGUAUGAAAACACUAAAAGGUUUUAUUUUUUUCAUCAGAAUGAAGGGUUUUCAGAUAAAAUUCACCCUCAAGACAGGGAGUCAAUUAAGCAGUAUAUUGUGGGGUUAAUGCUUAAAAGUCCAGAGCAAGUUCAAAAGCAGGUGAGUAUCUUUAAAGCACUUAAAUUUGUUAUGAAACAUAUGUCAAUGUAUAUUAAUUCUUCCAAAUCACAAUCUCUUCUAUAUCUAUUUAUUUUAGCUCAGUGACGCUAUCAGCAUUAUUGGUAGAGAAGAUUUCCCCAAGAAAUGGCCUGGUUUGCUAUCGGAGAUGAUUAGCAAGUUUGAGACUGGAGAUUUUAAUAUCAUUAAUGGUGUCCUCAGAACAGCCCACUCAAUUUUUAAAAGGUAAUUUUAAUUCCUGCUGUUGCUUUAAAAUUGUCUUUGGUUUAUAAUGAUUCUCUUAUAAAUUGUAUUGGCACUUUGUAAUAUUCAUUUCUAUAAUAUCUUAUCACAUGCAAACAUACUUUUUUAAUUAUAAGCAUGUCAACUAUUUCUCUUUUCUUAUUAAAUUAGGUAUCGGCACGAGUUCAAGUCUCAAGAGUUGUGGGAAGAAAUAAAAUUUGUAUUAGACAAUUUUGCAACAGCAUUGACAGAGCUCUUUAAGGUGUGAUUUUUUUUCUAUUAACUUUUUAAAGUAUUUAAUACCACUUUAAGAGUGUGAUUUUUUUAGUAGUUUGAUAUAUUUGUUAACACAAUAGACCCUCAUUUAUUCCAUAUAUUUUUUCAUCGGUUGAUACAAUUGACCCUCAUUUACUCCAUAUUUUUGUUCAUCUGUUGAUACAAUAGAUCCUCAUUUACUCCAUAUAUUUAAUUCAUUUGUUGACACAAUAGGCCCCAUUUAAUCCUCUUCAGAAUGACAACCUUUAAUCCUGAUAUUCAAUUCAUAUAACAACAAAGAGUUCAAAUUAAAGGAAAGCAGCUUUGAAUAUACUUGUUUUUUUAUUUUAAAUAUUGACCUUUUCUUUUGAAAGAGUUCAGUUAUUCUUACCUUAAAUGUUCAUUUAAUUAUCAAAUUACUUAGGCAACCAUGGACUUGGCCACAAAACAUGGGAAUGACCCAAAAGCCCUGAAAGUAAUAUUUGGCAGCAUCCUGCUUAUCUGCAAAAUAUUUUACAGUCUUAAUUUUCAGGUAAAUAGAUGUUGCUAUUUUAUGUUUAAAAGUUUUAUGUAAUGUUUCAGUAAUUUUAUUUACAAUUUUUUUUAAAUAAUGCUAUUUCAAAGGUGCCUUCGCUAUUGAAAUUUUCAAAAACCCUUUUGCAUUGCACCUGCUAAUUGAAUUUAUGCAAAGUUGUUUUUAUUUUAUUUUUUUGUAUGUUCACUCUAGGAUCUCCCUGAACAUUUUGAAGACAACAUGAAAGUUUGGAUGGAUUAUUUCCUAGCUUUGCUUAGUGCAGAUAAUAAGCUGCUGCAAACUAAUGUAAGAAAUUAAUUUUAAUGUUCUUUUUAAAAAAACUGUAGUUAUAAUUAGAUAUUGCUCAUAACUUUGAUUGCAGCCAAAUUUCACAGCUCUCCUAACAAUUAAAAUUUUCAUUCUAUUCUGUAGUAUUUUAUUCACAAUAAAACUUGCGAAAUAUUUGCAAUGAAAACAAUAAUCUAUGUAUGAAUGUUCUCAAUGAUUUUUCUUAUAUAUAUGCUAUUCUGGUCAUAUAGACUUUAUGAGUUUACGGCAACUAUUUCGAUUGCAAGUAGGAAUUCAUUUAAUUUCUUUCAAGGAUGAAGCUGAAGCUGGGCUUCUUGAGCAGAUUAAGUCCCAAGUUUGUGACAAUGUUGCACUAUAUGCUCAGAAAUAUGAUGAAGAAUUUUCUCCCCAUCUUCCUGGCUUUGUGACAGCUAUUUGGGGUCUUUUAAUCAGCACUGGCCAAGGCGUAAAAUAUGAUUUGGUGAGUAUCUUUAUUAAUAAACAUUAAAGGUAUUUGUUCUGUUUUUUUUAAAGAAAUUUAAAUCUUGAGUUUUUUAUUUAUUAGAGUAUAAAGAGACUUGAACAUGUUAUAUUAUAAUUUGGAAAAAUAAUAGUAUUCAAAUGCACUUUCAAUUAAAUUUUGUUAACCAUUUUUUUAAAUGUUUGUACCAUCUAAAGAUUUUAGAGGCCAUUAAUGUUAAUGUGUUGUCCAUUUCAAAGUUUUGGUGACAUCAACUAUAUCUUCUGAUAUUUGAGUAUCAUUAAAGCAAACAUUUAACAAUAAUGGGUUAGGGAGGAUGAAUGUUAUGUCACAUCAUCAUGUCAGUUCCAGGGUUGAUUCAAAAAUAUUUUAGUUAGCUAUUUAAGAGGGGUCAAAUGUAACUUAGUGAUUCUUAUUAUUUUCUAAAAGUUCUCAGACCUGCUAACCCUUCUGAUUUUGUUGGAAUUAUACGGAUUUUUACCCCUCAUUCCAAGCUUCCGGCAAACCCCUUAAAAUUUAUAUUUUACGAACACUUAAUUUUUACCCGUCAUAAAAAUCUUAAGCGGCAAAAAAAAAAAACAGGAAGUGUUCAAUUUCAAUGAUGCCACUUCCUUUUUUUUACGAAGCGUUAAAAUGUCCGGCGAUGGGACAAGUAAGUUGUCAGUCUUGUCUCGUGACCGCUAAUAGUCGAUAAGAGUUUGCAGUACUUCAUUUCAACAAAUUCAAGAUAUUCUGGACAUUUACAUGAAAAAGAAAUAUGUUCAUUUCUACAAAUGAAAUACUAAAACCGUAUAUAUAAUGGUUAAAAAGUGACAAUGUUAAAUAAAGCGUAAAAUGCCUUCCGGGUGAAUAUCUCCCACACUAUUUGUCCGGUUGUCCCACAUGUAGACACUGUCUUGUUUUUAUAGAAGGGAACCGCGAUCUAUAAAUCAUUCUUCAAUCUGCAAUUGAUGCGAUAGGGAUUCAUUCUUUUAAUAGGCUAAAAAAUAAUUCAGCUGUAAUGUGACUUUUUUUUGGUAAAGCUUUUCUUAAUUAAAUGGAUAAAUCUAUUGGUGGGUACAGUGAUAUUGAUAAACAUAUUUUAACCCCAAAAAAACAAAAUACAACUGCAGCUAAAAGGAAAACUUAAAUAAAAGCAGUGAAUCUCUGACAUCCAUGUCUAAUUUCUUUGCUAAGGAAUCGGACGAUUCAGUUAUCAGUUUGGAAGUUUUAUUUACCACAUUUCUAAUUGAAGGAAAUAUUUUUCUAGCCAACUCAGAUCAUUAUAAUGCCAGAGUCAAAGAAAUGUUUCCAGACUCGCAGAUUGCGAAGAAAAAUUACAAGGAAACAAGGGCAAGCAUGAAAGCUGAUUCUCUUUCUAACUUGCUUGUAACUAAAAUCAAUUACAAUGCUCACCUUCAGUUGUCCGAAGAGCUGUUGGACAAGUGCAAAAAGGCCACUAAGGAGAUGCUGAAAAACUGAACUCUUAGCAACCUGUGUAUAUAUGUAAAUAAAAUGGAUAUUCUUUUCUUUAUAUUUUUGUAUAUAAACAUUUCCAUUAAUGGUUUUCUCAUGUUCUGUGGUGUUCUGUGGACUCUUUAAAGACAAUGGGUGUAACUUCAUAUUUUUUUUUAUUUACUAUUAAAAAAAAAAGUCUUGUGCAUGCAUUAGUAUGUAGUUCUUAAGCCAACACGAUGCGCGCAUCCCUCUACAGAUUUUUUUUCUUGGAAGGUUAGCAGGUCUGAGUUUUUUAGUAUAGAGUUGAAGAUGUGUUAUUUUCAUUUAGAAUAUUGUAUGAGAUUUGAAACUGAAAAGUGCAUGGGGCUGUUUCCAAGAUCUACAUUUACUUUAAACCUUUUUUUUUCUACUCCAGUAGCAUUUGUCAUUCUAAUGUAUUUCAGCUUGUCAGCAAUGCUAUCCAGUUUUUGGCAUCUGUGGCUGAGCGUCCAGCAUACAAGGGUUUGUUUGACAGUGUUGAUACCUUGGCUAGCAUAUGUGAGAAGGUUGUUGUACCCAACAUGCAACUCAGAAGUAAGUAGUCCUUUGAACAGAUAUUUGAUCGCACUAGUUAAAAAGUUUCUAAUGGUAAAUUAUUAUUGUCACAGGGCUUUUAAUGAAAUAGUUAAUGCAAUACCAUCCUAGAAUCAAUUAUAAGCUUUAAAACAUUUAAUGUUAAAAUAUUCGUUUUUAAGUGUUUUAUACAUAAUGUCAUGCAUCACAGUUGUUCCUUUUUAAAAAAUUGUGCCAUAUUUUUUUUGUUUUUUUAAAUAAAUAAUUAACAUUAUGUUUAUGGUCUAUCUUAGAUGCAGAUGAAGAACUUUUUGAAGAUAAUCCUGAAGAAUACAUGAGAAGGGACAUUGAGGGUUCAGGUAUUAAAUAAGUUCAAAUGAUCACUGUUCACAAUCAUUGCUUUUUAAUUCUUUGUUGUUUUUUUAAAAAGUGUUUUACUAUUUUAAUUAAAUGCCAUCUUGUUUAUAUUGGUGCACUCUCUAUAUAGUUUCAUACACCAACUUCCUAUAAAUAUAUUUAAUAACUGACUUUGAUAUUAGAUGUGGACACGAGAAGACGAGCAGCCUGUGAUCUUGUACAAGCUUUAUGUAAAUCUUUUGAAGGCCCUGUAAUACAGAACUUCUCACGAUAUGUUCAGGCGCUGCUGGAGGUAUGUGCUUCACAUUUAUUAUAUGGCAAAGGUUGUUUUCUUUUGAUAUUUUGUACACUCAAGAGGUUGUAAUUUUAUAGCUCUUAUAUUAAUGUUUAAAGUUUGUCAGUAAAAUUUGACCAUGACCACCCUAAUCAUCUUAUAUGUAUUUAUCAUGUAAAAAUAUAUCAGACACAACCAGCUGACUUGUGUAAGAGAAAAAUUAACAAGAUGCAAAGACUAUCUGUCCAUUCCCUAACAUGUGGAAGGGUUUGGUGUGGAUUUACAUUUUUUAUACUUACAUUUUUUUUUCGUCAACAGGAAUAUGUGAAAAAUCCCAAUGCUAAUUGGAAGAGUAAAGAUGCUGCAAUUUUUCUUGUGACAUCCCUUGCAGCUAAAGGCCAAACACAAAAGGUAAAUGAAUACAAAAACCUUUUAAUUGACUUUAGAAAAAGUUUGUUGAAGAGAAAAGUAGUUAAAAUCAUUUGCAUUUGUCAUACAUUAACCAAACAAAUGUCUGUUGAAAGUAACAUAUUUCUAUAAACUACAAUUAAUGUAUUGUUUUGUAUUUGCUUACAGCAAGGUGUCACACAGACCAGUGAGCUUGUCAACAUAACAGAGUUCUACCAAGCACAUAUUCUGUCAGAUCUUAAAUCUAGCAAUGGUAAUUUUUAUAGUUGGUAUUUUGAUGCUAUUUAUUGAACUGUUUUUAUGAGGACUGGUUGGUGCUGUCAUGAAAAGCAAAUGCACAAAAAUGAUCAAGUAUGAAAUAAGGAAAGAUGUGAAAAAAUGUGUUUAAUGAGGUGAUUUAAAACAAUUGUUCAGCACUUGUAAGACCUACAUAGGACACUGCAACUGUCUGAAGAAGCUGAGGCUUUUGCCCUUCUUAAUCUUUUUAGCCUAGAAAACAGUAAAUUAGUAAUUACAAACUGACGCUACAAUAGACAUGAUCAGCUUUUUUGCAACCAAAAGUAGUGUCUAUCAAUUCAGUUUUCUCUUUAUUGGUAGUAAACUGAAUGUGCCUGGCCAGCCCCGUGUGUAUUAAAUAAAUGUUUUUUGUCUAGGGGAUUAUAUUUUUGUGUCGAAAUGACAUUAAUAUUGCGUAAAAGAUUACAACUCAAGUUUGAAGACCAAUUUAAAGAAUUAUUUUGAUUAAACUUUUUGGAUGAAGUGCAUACAGACGACUUGAAAUUGAAAACAGAAAAUUUAACAAUAAAUGUAAUCAUUUAACAAAUUACAUUUUUCUAGACUCAAAGCAAUAAAGAAAUUUAACCUACAUUUAUAAAGUUGAUUAUAGUAUUUAAGUUUCAUUGCAAAAAUAUCAAUAUGCUUUUACAUUCAAAUUUGCUACCAUUACCGGCUUUCAAAGUCAAAAUUUCAAAAAAAUCUAACUGUAAUUGUUCUUUAAAAUUUAGUUUGUAACUUUCUUGUUUUCAAAGAUGCAGCAAUCACAUUUUGUGGAGACCCUAACAAAAUAAUUUUAACUAAAUAAAACAUAAAUUGUGAAUUAAUUUUUUAUUCCAUUAAUAUGAUCAGAUAAAAAUAGGGUGUGGAUAGUAUUUACAUUUGUCUAAACUGAUAUUUUUUAAAAUAAAAUAGCAUAACUAUUCAAAAUAUGGAGCUAUGAAAAUAUAAUUUUCCACAGUAACUGAUUGUAUCCAGUUGGUAUUAAAUAAAUUUAUCAAUUAUUAUUAUUUCACAUUAAAAUAAUUAAUCUCCACAUUUUUUAAAAAAAUUGACUGAAGCUACAGCGGCGACUUAUGGGUAUAUUUAAAUUCUCCAUUUUAAAACUAAUAAAGCUAUUGUAAUAAAAUUGUACACCAUAACUGAACGUGUAACGCUUAAAUCAAAGACAUUUUAUUAGUUAUUAUUUCACAUUAACAUAAAUAAUCUCCACAUUUUGAAACCAAAUUUCACAAAAAGCUACUGCGGCCAACAUAUUGGUAUAUACAAAAACUUUGUUUUUCAACUAAUCUAGCUAUUCAAAUUAAAUUUUCCACAGUAAUAGAUAAUCUCCUGCUGAAAUUAAAUACAUUUUAUUAAUUAUUGUUUCCCAUUAAAAUAAUUAACCUCCACAUUUUAAGAACAAAUUUGAUGAGAAGCGACUGCGGCUGACAUUAAAAUACUUCAGUUUUAAACUAAUAAAAAUCUUGUCAUAAAAUUAUACACAGUAACAGAAGUGUCAAACUAAAAGUAAAAGUAAAGAAAUUUUAUUAUUUGUUCGCUAGGUAUCAAAUGCUUGAUAGCUGUGUUUUCGCCAUGUGCGGAGCGAUCUUUAUAAUACUUUUUACUGCCCCUAAAGAAUGAUAACUCUGGGUGGUACGGGAAGUAACAACCCAAGUCGCUGUGUCCUAUAGGGAGAGAUCAGUUCCUACUUUUCUUGUUAAUAUAUUCAUACUUUUGCAUUUAAAUUAGUCUUUUAAAAUUAUGAAUACAAAUUGAAUAAAUAAUAAUAUCAGAAUUGCCUAGUGACUAUUUACCCAUCUUUAUUUCAGUUGAUGAGAUGCCUAUCCUGAAAGCUGAUAUUAUUAAAUAUCUAAUGGUGUUCCGAAAUCAGGUAAUUAUGAAUAGCAUUAUUUUUCUGUUUAAUAAUUAUAAUUUUUAGUGUUAAAGCUUAUUUUCAAAGCUCUGUUCUUUUUUAUUUAAAAAAUGCACGCAAAAAAUUCAUUUUUAUAUAUUCUAUUUUACAGUUACCUGCCAAUGUCAUUCAGGAUGCUGUCCCUGAUUUGAUUCGUUUUCUCAGGUCUCAUUCAGUUGUUGUUCACACUUAUGCAGCUCUUGGUCUUGAAAGAUUGUUCAUGGUGCGGCAUAAUGGAACAGCAGCGUAAGUAUUAUUUUAAUUGGUUUUGAUUGAGUUAUAGGGAUUAAUAAUAAGAUCAACAAAGUGGUCCUCCAAAAAGUACAUUUUUAAAAUUAAAAUCCACUUUUUAUCAGAAUCACUUGUGAGUUGGUUCAUCCAAUGGCAGGGGAGCUUAUGACUAGUCUUUUUGCUGCCAUGGAAAUGCCUGGGUCUGCAGAAAAUGAGUACAUUAUGAAAGGUAAAGAUGUUGUUGAUGUCCUGGCAUACAGCUGGUUAUCUUAAUCUUGAAACUUUUUAUCAUGUUCGGUAAUUGUAUUUUGUUAAAUGAUGUAAUGAACAAAAAGCAUAGGAUAAAAUACAUUAUUAUCCACACUUUCGGAAUUUGUUUUAAUUAAAAAUUAACAUGUCAAAAUUAUCCAAAGAUAGCAUGGAAAAAUGGAGUUUUGCAGUAAUAAUGUGUAAAAAAAAAAAAAAAAAAAAUAAAAUAAAUUAUUAUCCACACUUUCGGAAUUUGUUUUAAUUAAAAAUUAACAUGGCAAAAUUAACCAAAGAGAACAUGGAAAAAUGGAGUUUUGCAGUAAUAAUGUGUAAAAAAAAAAAAAAAAAAAAUAAGAAUUCAUGAAUUCAUGUUAAUUAUUUUUUGCUAUCCCUUUAAUUUAAUUAAUUAUAUUGCAAUUAUGAGACUUACACAAGCAUUAUAUCGGCUAGCAAUGACCUUUCAAUAUCAAGAAAGGAUGGCAUUGUCUGUUUCACCAUUCAUUAAUACUUCAAAAAAGAUAUUUAGACUUGUGCUUUGAGCAUUAUGUAUACUUCCUUUUUCAAACAUUGCAAAUGGAUACAAAUUCUCUUGCCCUCUUCAGCCAUAAUGAGGACCAUGUCUCUGCUACAGGACUACAUUAUUCCCAUGAUACCUGAACUUUUAGUGGGCCUUAAAGCCAAACUUUUGCUGGUCAGCAAGGUAAUGCAACCACUUGUUUGUCAAUGGUCAUUGUAGAAAAUAGUUUCACUGGAUCAAUUUAUUUAUGUCUAUGACAAUAAAUUGUAUAUAAGAUAUAUUAAUUUAUACGUCUUCAUUUAGAUUCAGUGGCCAUUUGGGCAUGUGCCCUGCGAGCAUAGUGAAGAAUUUACACACCCUCCACAGCUGUUCAUCAUCCUUUUAGUUUAUAUGUUACUGCAUGUAUUUACACCUUUUUAAUCAACAAAAAUAAUAGAUUUCAUCAAGCCAUCACUUACUCAACUCAUUAAAAAUCAUCUUGUGGCGGGGGUGGGGGGAUGAAUUUUGAAUAAUAAUAAUGGUAGAUUUGUUUUAAAUUUAUAUUAAAAUUUCUUUUACUUUUUCAAAAUUCCUUAGAAUCCCAGCAAGCCUCACUUCAACCACUAUCUCUUUGAAUGUCUCUGUGUUGCUAUAAGGUCAUCUUGUAAGAAACAUCCAGAAGCUGUUUCUGCAUUUGAGGAAUCAUUGUUCCAACCAUUUACAGAAAUAUUACAACAAGAUGUGCAAGGUUUGGAUCCAUGCAAACAAUAAGAAAUCUCCCAAACAUGCUUGCAAAGCCGUUUUUCAUAUUAGUAUUCUUUCAUUUAAUCUUUUGUCACUUUAUAAAUAAUUUGUAUGGUUUUAAACAUUAAUAUGGUUUAUUUUUCUAUUUUUUCUAGAGUUCAUUCCUUAUGUGUUUCAAAUUUUGUCAAUGUUGAUUGAGCAACAUACUGGACAAAUCCCAGACACAUAUAUGGCUCUUUUCCCGCACCUAUUGGCUCCAGUACUGUGGGAGCGACCGGGAAAUAUUCCCCCUCUUGUGCGGCUUCUUCAAGCUUACAUUCACAAGGGAUCAGGUCAAAUUGAAGCUGAUAAAUUGGUUUGUUUUGGUUAAUCUUUUUUUUUUUUUAAAUUUUAAUAAUGUUUGUUAUGGGUGAAUUCCAUGUAAAAUCAGACAUAACAUCCAGGAAUAAAUUAGGUUUUAUCCUUAAUGUAGUCAUGCAUUGUUUGUCACAAGACAAUGUCAGUCUCUAGAAGUGGUACUCAUCUACACUUCCAUUACAAACUGCCUGCCAUAUACUUGAGCCAGUUUCCUACGUAAGUUACCUCGGUGUUACCACUCAAAGAGAGAUCCUCUGGGACGAGCAUAUUAACAAUGUGUGCAACCAGACAAACAAGACCCUAGUGUUCUUAAGGCGGUCCAACGAUGGGCAGCUUGCUUUAUUCUGAACCGCUACAAGCACCUCUAGUGUAGCAGCGUGCUGGAAACACUGGGCUUGUCACCAGGCUCUCCAUGAUGUACAAGAUAAAUAAUUGGCUGGUCCACUGCUCCAGCAUAAAACGGAAACUCAUCCCUCUCCCCCUGAGACGGCGACGAGGCCAUGACAGGCAGUUCCGGCUCAUAACUGAACUGCAAGAACACAAGAGUACAAGAGCUGCUCAUUCCUGCCAAAGACAAUCAAGGACUGGAACGUGCUUCCAAGGGGAACAUUUGAGGCGACAACACUUGACACUGCCUAAGGCCUUCCAAACCCUAUUUCGUGAUUCUCUUGCCGAGUAGCCCUUGCAACCAGUGAAGUAUCCUCAGCACAGAAGCAUUUCAAAUCCCUCUACAUACAUAGGAGCCAGAAUGAUCAAUGGGCCCUUAAUAUAUAGAAGAAGAAGUAGAGUGUUGUUGAUUAUGGAGGAUGUUGUAAAAUGUUUUUCGAUACGUGUUCCUAAGAUUGUGUGGGGUAGAAGAAACACAUUUUUGGCAAUGGGAAACGCCUAGAUCUGGGUGGUCUGGGGAAAGUAUUUAAGACAUGAAAAAUUUUAAUAAGAUGGCACGUGUUGUGUGUUCUGUUGGUAAUUCACCUAGACACAUCUUUAUAUAUCAUUAGUCAGAAGAUGGACACACCAUGGUGCGGCCCUGCACUGGGAUGUGUGGCACUGCUCCUGAAUGCCUAUUCUGACAUUUGUUUGCACUUACUAAAGGGAUUUGGCCCUGGAUGUUGAUUUUCACCUCUGCUGUAUAAUUUGUUUCAUGCAUCUUAGUAUUGAGUCAUUUAUUUUUAUUAUCUAUGUUUUGUGUGUUACAUCACCUGGUGGCGAUCUUGAAUUAAGAACAUGUCUGCACAUUUCAUCAAAAUUCUGUUGAAUUAUUUUUUGUUUACAUCACAUAAUGAUUGACAAGCAUUAAAAUUUAUUUUAUUUAAGUUUAUUUAACUGUUACAGUAAAAUCUUAAAAGUAUCUGUCAUUCCAAAUAAUUGACGCUCCAUUUUUAUUACUUGCAUUGAGACAUUCAGUUACUUUAUUUUAUCUCUAUUUUUUUUAGAAUAAGCUUUCUAAAUAGUUUUUAAAGUUUUUUCUCAAAAAAAGUAAACUUUGUUGAUAGUAGGUUUUAACAAAUAUAUUUCAAUUAAAACAAAUUUUAAAGGAAAUCAACAAAAACUAUGCUAACUCAAUUAUGUCUUUUUUAUGUGACACAUGUUACAAUUCAAAAAAUUAUUCUUACUAUUAUGAUUUGUAUAUUUUUUGUUAAUGCUAUUGUUUUACAGUCUACCAACUUAAGGCACAAAACUAUUUAUAGUUAUAUUUAAGGCAUUUUUUCAUUUAUACUGGAUUCAAAAUGUAAAUAUUUUUCUGAAAGUUAUGUCACUUACCAUGGAAUUCACCUAAAUCCGACAUAAUCCUUUUCAACGUCAGUUAACAUUUUGUUCAACAAGUUAUGCUUUUUCAUUAUGUAAUUAAAUUCAUGCCCUCUUAAAUGCUGAACACUGAAAUAGUUAUUUAUACUUAAACAUUAAGUUGAAAUAAACUUGCCCAAAAACAUCCCUAAGUAAUUACCAUUUUGCAAAAACACAAUUGCAUCAUCUUAGAUUAAUAAGACACGAACAAAUUGUGUCAAAAUGCCAAAUAAGUUACGCUUUAAUAAUAAUUGUACAUUAUACACAAGUAAACGUUUCGGCACAUUAUCAGUACAAACAAAAAAACACAUUUAAAUAAGUAUAAAUUAAAUUUACAUAUAUAAUAUAAAUAUAAAUAUCCUACCUAAAAAAGAAAAAAAAUAGGAGAGGGCGCUAAAACCAGACAAAAACAAAGCAAAGAGGAGUAGAUAACUUGUGAUAACUUUUUAGAUAUUUUUUUUCUAAUAAUAUAUCGAUCUGCUUUUGUCAAUGUGUUUACAUACAGAAUGGUCUCCUGGGAGUUUUUCAAAAGCUGAUAGCAUCAAAAAGUCAUGACCAUGAGGGUUUUUAUUUGCUGAACUAUAUUGUAGAAUUUAUGCCCAAGUAAGUUCAUCAGCUGCCUGCCCAUACUUAAUAGCUCUAUCCAAUAGAAUACAUUUGUUCUAUCAAUUAUUUAUAUGUUUUUACAUUUUAAAUAUUAUGCUUAGUUUUUUUUCAAUUCUUCACUACUUUCAAUUGAAAUGAUAGCUAUGGGGUGAAAAUCCUGCUCAGAACUUAUGUUUUUUUUUUUGUUUUUUUUUUUCAGGCCAAUUGUUACCCCAUAUAUCAAGCAAAUAUUUCUGCUGCUGUUUCAGCGUUUGACGAAUUCUAAGACAACAAAAUUUAUCAAGAGUGGGUACAUUUUGUGUAAAUGCAGUAAUAAUAGUCAUUUAUUUCAAAGAAUACUGUAGUGAAUUACUUUUUUUUAAAAUGUUGAUCACAAGUGUUCAUUGUUUCAAACUAAAUUUUCAGGUCUUCUUGUCUUUUUCUGCAUGUAUGCUAUAAAAUACAGUGCAUCUUCCCUCAUUGAAACUAUAGAUGGAAUACAACCAAAGUAAGUUUGUGAUGUGCAUUAGCAUUAUUAUAUAUUUUAUAUUUGCUUAACAAAAUACAUUAUAGUAGAUAAAGUUAGGUAUGUAAAUGGCACCCGAUAAAUUAUAUACUUUGUAGAAAGGAAGAAACAUUUAAUUCCUAAUUGUUUCACAGGGCUUUAUACAUUUCCCUAUGUUCAAUGAUGAUGAAUACUAUAUUCUUAUGGUUUAUUAAUUAGUAGCAGUACACAGUACAAUUUAUUUGAAAGAUCUGUUUAUUAUGAUCAUUAAUGUCUGAGUUAGGGACCAGGAAUGUUAGAAUGUGAAUUCUUUUUAAUGAACCGCAAAUGUUACAUUCUCAGAGAAGUGCAUUUAAAUAUAACUAAGCUUUUUAGUACUGUAUAUUUUCAUAAGUCAACUGUCUUUGGUAAAUAUUUAAGGAGUAUAAGUAGGCUGGUUGGCUCUUGAGCGGGUUUUUUUUAAAUUAUACUAGGUUCAUUGAAAAACAUUAUUAUGCAAAACAAUGAGGAAAAAAUAAUUAACCGAAGUCAAAAUAAAGCAGUGCAAAAAAUUAGAUCUCACAAUUUGGCCUCAUUUGCAACUGCUGUAAUUGUAAAUGUAGAUCCUAUUUUUAGAAAUUCAGUAUGGUUACCAUUUAAUCCCUUAAAUAAGAGUAUUGGCUUGUGAACAAACUGGCUUAUGAAUAAGUAUAUACUGUUAUAUUUUAUGGAAAUGUCUUCUCAAGGGGAAAAAAGACAAUUUACAUUAACUAUUGUGUAUUGAGCAAUAUUUCACUUCAUUUCUAGUUCAAUAGAAUUUUUUAUGCACUCAACGCUGUUUAGAUAAAACUAUGCUUAUAACUUACCAUAAAGUUUAAAAUCCCACUAACAUAAGUUUUUAAUAUAAGUUUUUUUAUUUAAAACUAGGGUACAUAUAAAUUUUCUGUUUUGUUUCAGGAUGUUUUCUAUGGUUGUGGAGCGUCUUUUUCUAUCAGAUUUGCAGAAAGUAUCAGGAAAUACUUCUAAAAAAAUUUGCGCUGUUGGUGUGACAAAGAUUUUGACAGAAGCAGAUUCAAUGCUCUCUGGGGACUAUGGCCCCCUGUGGUGAGGAAAUAAAAUCUAUUUAACAAAUUUUUUUAUUACACUUUUGACGAAUGUGCCAACACUCUCAGAUGCUCAAUAAGUUAUCAUUAGAAAUCAUGGUAACAUUGAACGUGGGGCUAGAUUAUCAUUUAAUGUAUCUGAGGUGACUCUUUAUUAUUACUGAACUCUUUCCUUUUUUUUUUAUGUUAGUAUCCUUCUAAGCUUUAUUUUACUUAUGUGAACCAUUCUGCUCAUAAGCUUUAUGCAUUUGUGAUUUGAUUGAGCAAAAAAACUCUUAAGGCUUUUGUUUUCUUUUUUCUUAUAUUACAGGCCUAGACUUCUUCAGGCUUUGAUUGGAUUGUUUGAACUGCCUGAAGAUGAUUCUGUCCCUGAUGAUGAACAUUUCAUUGAAAUUGAAGACACCCCAGGUAAAUGAUUUGAAUUGUUUUUAUUUUUGUAAAUGAAUUCUUUUUUUUUUAUGUCAUUGCAAUGCAUGAUGCAGUCUCAUCAUAAUCCCCCUGCAUUUGUGAAAGCAAUGAAUUACUUAAGAUAUUCUGCUUUUAAUUUUCCUGGUUUUGAGUACACAAUUGGCAUGCUUAGUAAGGAAGUAAGCCUGGCAGUGUCUACUUGCUGAACUUCUGUUAUUAUUGGGUUGAAAAUGCUCCAUUGUGCUAAAAAGAUUGGAUUCCAGAGUUAUAAAAAGUAAAAGUGUUAAUAAACAAUACCCUUUUAAAAGCAAUUCUAGCCUUCAUUAUUAGUGAUUCACAGAGCAGUUGAGUUAUUUUUAAGUCUACCAUCAUAGGCUUGAUAUUUUAGGUAAAAGUCCUCAAUGAGGCCAAAGUGUAAAGAAUUAACAGAAAAUCUGAAUAAUUAAUUACAAUACAUAGAAAUAGAUAUUGGUUUCAUUGCAGUUGCAGAGACUAACAAAAGAAACCCAUUAGUGACAACAUUUAUUGAACUUUAAAAUGGGAUGUAGAGAAAUGAUUGCCAUGCUGACAGCAAAAUAUCCUCUUGACUAGAAUUAAAUGAAACACGAAAGAAGCCUAGACCAAUAGGAGAUACAAAGCAGAGCUAUUUUUCGAAUUGAAAAGUUUCAGACAUGUGCUAAACAUUUUAGCAUACCAAAAAAAUUGGAAGGAUUCUCAAGACAGUUAUGGAUUUUAAUUAUGUUUUAGCCCUACUCCUAAUGUUCAUUUCUGAGUACCGUAUUUUCUGGUGUAUAAGACGACCCCCUACUUUUCCUGUUAAAAUCUAGGGUUUGGGCUGUAUACCAGCUCAUAAGACAAUCCCCAGCGUAUAAGACGACCCCCGACUUUUGAAAAGAUUUUAAUGGGUUGAAAAGUCGUCUUAUACGCUGGAAAAUAUGGUAGUUAUUUUAGAUAAUAUUGAUAAAAACUACAUCUGUUUUUAAAAUAUUCAUUAAAUUGUAAUCUAUUAGCAAAAUAUUUAAUAGACGAUAUUGAUAAGCUAAAUAAAACUAAAUUAUGAGUUGGUUUGAAUGUGUUCGGACCUAAAAACAUUACCAUUAGAAAAAACAAAAAUUUAUUUAUGUGACUUUCACCUGAUUCUUUUUCUCAUAUUUUAUGCUUCAAUCAAUGAAAUUAUGUCAAAAUAAAUCAAAAAUUUAUUUACAGGUUAUCAGACUUCCUACUCACAGCUAGCUUUUGCUGGCAAACAAGACCAUGACCCACUUGCUGGCUUUGCAGAUGAUCCUAAACUAAACCUAGCUAAACAUUUAGAAAAAAUGGCUACCCGUUGUCCUGGCAUGGUAAAGUUUGUAAAUCUAUUGCUAUUAAGCAUAGUUAUAUUUACUUAUGUACUUUGAGCUAUUUAUUGGGAUAAUACAUUCCCAUUCACCGAUAUAAAAAGUGACUAUAAAAGACUCCUUCAAAUACUUUGAAGUUACAACAGUUCUUGGUUCUUUUAAGGUUUUUAUACUGUGGCAAACUAAAUUCUUGUCUUGAACACUGUUUCAGCAAUUGUUUUUUUUAUUUUUUAUCUUAUACAUUUCCAAAUUAUGUAUGUGGGUAAACUUGAGUCAAAACACAAUUGAAAAUUUUUUAAGUUUUUACUUAUUUAAUCUAUUUGCAAGUAGAUAUUUUACUUUUCAAUACGCCAAAUUUUCUUUUUCUUAAUGCACUGUUAAACUUUCUUUAAACUUUGCCUCAGUAAAGCUCUGUUGCUGUAAUUCAUAGUUUUUAACUGGUUAACUACCACAGAUAUAGUAGCCAUAACCCACUGUUAGCGACAAACAUUUCUUUUAUCAUUUCCAUUAGCCGGCCACGGUUUUUUUCUAUAUACUUACAUGCUUAAUUUCGUUUCGGUUCAAGAUUUUAAUUUACAGACAGGAAGUUAAUUAAAAACAACAUGGGACAGUCUAAAUGUAAAUUAAAUGUUUUGUUGUUUUUAUUGUAUUUUGAGGCUAGUUAGCAAAGUAUUUUUCAUGGCAACUAGCUUAAAUAUUGUAAAUAUUUUGGAGACAUGUUUAUUCAAUUGUGACUUUCUCUAAAUUUGGAAACCUUUUCAAAUUUGGAUUUAGAUGUGAUUACAUAAAUUAUUAGAAGUGUAAAUAGCAAUCAAUGUUUUUGAAAUUUAAAACUUGAAGGUAAGUUUUUAUAAUUUUUCAAUGCUUUUCUCUUGUCAAUAAUAAUUUAACAAUAUUUUUUUUAGAUUUUUCUUAAAGAAAAUUCAUUUAUCUACAAAAUGGUAUAUUACUUAUAAAAAUAUGUUAUUACCGGGUACCGUAAUUAAAAAAUUGGCAACUAAAUUUCAACAAAGACCUGUUAGUGGGAAAAUGUUAAAUCCUUUUUUUUUUUCAAUGCGGAAGCUAAUCAAUUUAAGCCGUUAUUAAAAUCUUGGGACAUUUUUUAUAUGUAUCUUUUUAAUUGUCUAAUUAAAAAACUAAGAGGAAUUCAUUUUUCAUUUGAAUCCUCAGCUCCGUAUUUAAUAUUCCAUAAAUUUUCUUUUCAGAUUAAACCAUUGAUCAGCUCUGGAAUGGAGGCACAGGCACAAAGCUUUCUUCUUCAAUAUUGUCAAUCAGCUAAUAUCAACUUAGUCUGAGGUUAAAUUUUUAAACCAGAAUGCAUUUACAUCUGAAAUAAAAAUUCAUGACAAUUCAAUUUCAAUAAUAAUGGUAAAUCUCAGCCUCAGAAAAAUUAGAUUUGUUGGGUUUUUUUAUUCGUAAAAUCAAAUGUCUUUUAAAUAUCAAUUCUUGUGUAAGUGUAAAAAUGUGUUUUGUUUUACUGUGUUGUAAGAUAGUAUAUAUUCAGUAACAAUUGUACUGGUAUCAUGGUAAUGUAAAAAAAAAUUGUUACAUCACAAAUUGUGUUCUUUCAAGCAUGAAUUUUUUAUGUUCAAUGUAAAUUAAUUAUAAUUAUAGCAAUAUGAAUCUCUAUUGAAUUUUUUUUAACUUUUUAGAAAGUUAUUGGAUUUAACAUUCAUAAUUUCAUUGAAUAGUUAACUCUAAAUUGAUCCCCUUUUUAUUUUUAGCUGAAAUAAAUUAAUGCUUUGUUUGAAUUAAUUGUAUACUGACAUUUAUAUCAACAGUAAAAGAUUUUGCAAAUAAUAAUCUCAUUAUUCAUUUGAUGUGCAUUUUUUUUUAUCAUUAACAAUUGUUUCAUAUGUUAAAUGCUGACGUAAUAUUUUGCAACCAAACAUUUUGUAAAUAAAUAAAGCUUUUCUUAAAAUGAAUUGUGUGCAGUACUCUGCAAUGUGGAAAAUUCUUUUAUUGUGGGAAAUGUUCUGUAUAUUUAAAUUUAAAGACCCC